GCGUGGUUCACGUCUUCCUUUUCAACCUUGUCCCGGCUCCGGCCUUUCAGGCACCCUCGGCUUAGCCGAUUACAACUACUCUGUGUGAUCUCUCCGGCCUCUCCGUCCUGUCUUGUUCGUAUCGUUUGCUCCCCUUCAGACUACACCAGCCAUCAUCAUGUCUUUAAUCACCGCCGGACGUAUGUGUGCGCGAAUCCUGGGAGUCAAGAACUCUCCUUGUGUUUUGAUUGCGGCACGACAGGCAAGCUCUUCCACAAACCUGAAAGAUGUCCUGGCAGAUCUCAUCCCCAAAGAGCAGACAAGAAUCAAGAAUUUUAAACAGCAACACGGAAAGACGGUCAUUGGGCAGAUAACUGUUGACAUGGUGUACGGUGGAAUGAGAGGGAUGAAAGGACUGGUUUAUGAGACAUCUGUGCUUGAUCCUGAUGAGGGCAUCCGUUUCCGUGGCUACAGUAUCCCGGAGUGCCAAAAGUUGCUACCCAAGGCCCCAGGUGGGGAAGAGCCACUGCCUGAGGGACUGUUCUGGUUGUUGGUGACAGGAGAGGUGCCUACUCAAGAGCAGGUCAACUGGAUUUCUAAGGAAUGGGCUAAGAGAGCUGCUCUUCCUUCCCACGUUGUAACUAUGCUGGAUAACUUCCCCAACAACCUGCACCCUAUGUCCCAGCUGAGUGCAGCUAUCACAGCACUUAACAGUGAGAGUAACUUUGCCAAGGCUUACGCUGAGGGUGUCAACAGAGCAAAGUACUGGGAGCUAAUAUAUGAAGACUCUAUGGAUCUGAUUGCUAAGCUACCCUGCAUAGCAGCCAAGAUUUACCGCAACCUGUACCGUGAGGGGAGCAGUAUUGGAGCGAUCGACUCCAACCUAGAUUGGUCUUAUAACUUCACAAACAUGCUGGGUUACACAGACACAGAGUUCACUGAACUCAUGAGGCUUUAUCUCACCAUCCAUAGUGACCAUGAAGGAGGCAAUGUUAGUGCUCACACCAGUCAUUUGGUGGGUAGUGCCCUGUCAGAUCCCUACCUAUCCUUUGCUGCUGCUAUGAAUGGACUAGCAGGUCCUUUGCAUGGAUUGGCCAAUCAGGAGGUACUUGUUUGGCUGACAUCCCUGCAGAAAGAUCUAGGUGGGGAGGUAUCAGAUGAACAGCUCAGAGACUACAUCUGGAACACUCUGAACUCUGGCAGAGUGGUACCUGGUUACGGACAUGCUGUGCUGAGGAAGACUGAUCCCCGGUAUACUUGUCAGAGAGAAUUCGCCCUGAAGCAUCUACCCAAUGAUCCUAUGUUCAAAUUGGUGGCUCAGCUUUACAAGAUUGUGCCUAAUGUAUUGCUUGAGCAAGGCAAAGCCAAGAACCCCUGGCCUAAUGUGGAUGCUCACAGUGGAGUACUCCUACAGUAUUAUGGAAUGAAGGAGAUGAAUUAUUACACAGUUCUUUUUGGUGUAUCACGAGCGCUGGGUGUCCUUGCACAGCUGAUCUGGAGCCGGGCACUGGGCUUUCCUCUUGAGAGGCCCAAAUCGAUGAGCACAGAUGGCCUUAUGCAGCUGGUCGGAACAAAAUCUGGUUAACUUGAAUGAUAACUUUAAGCUUCUCUUGUGUGGAGGGCUUGUUAAAGACAGUACACCUUUCGUAUCAAUGGACUGCUUUGCACCUCCCACUGUUUUCUGAGCGUUGGCGAGAAAACUUACCUGGUUAUUUAUGCUGAAAAUAUAAAAUCUUCUCAGUUCAUCCUAUUCUUUCCCCUUCAAUGCGGGAGAUCCCUUUGCUCUCCGUCACUGAAGGGAUUGAUGUCCUGCCAAUAGGAAUCCAAUCUUUGCAACUUGGCAGUGACUGAGCCCCACUCACCCUUUUCCAAACCUAACAAGUUUAUUCUUUUUGCCUAUCUACACAUCGGUCUUGGAGGUUGAAAUUGUCAUGUGUCUACUUUAAAAUCCAUUGCACUGUUGGCUGCUUACACUAUUUGGAGGCAGUGGCAAUUGCUCAAAACUGAUGAAAGUCAUUUUUUGUACACCUGCAAUAUGCCUUUUAUUCGUGUUGUGAGACUUUUUUUGCUCAAGGUUACAAAGCUGUUUUGUAUUCAGUUUUCUCACAGGCUUUAGUGGGUUUAAAUAUGUUUCUUCAUCAGAUUUUUUUAAAAAAAAAAAUACUAAUUGUAAGUCAUAACCACUGCAAAGCAAUUUGUUUCUGGCCCCUUACAGUGGUAUAAGUGGAAAUUCUGUGGUGGCUUUUAGAUGUAACCAACUCUUGCCAGUGAAAGUAUUUCAUGCUGAGUGCUUCUUCUAGGUUAUAUUUGUGUGUGCGUUUUUAAUUUAAAAGGAAUAAUUGCCCACUACAGUGUUCAUAUUUUUUUUAUAAGGGAGAAUUGCCAGGGACUUUUUCACAGCAAUAUCGGUCUGUGGAGGUCUGAAGCUUUUUUUAUUUUUAUUUUUUUCUCCUCCAUUGCUGGUUUGCCUAUGUAAGGUUUUUACUUCUUACAACUAUUUUUUUUAAUGUAUAUAUUCCUGCAACGCCUCCAAGAUUGUCUGUCUGACCACAAAACUUUGUGCAACAGUGUUUUUUUUUCUCUCUCCCCUUCUGUUUAAAAUAGAGCCACUGAGGAACUGAACAUGAUUUUCAGCUGAGCCUUGUUUUACUUUUGUUCUUUAAGGCUUUUACCUUCAUUACCAUAUCCCAUUUUCCCUUGUUUGUGGAUGUUAUUUGCAGUCUUGCACUCCUAAAGAGGUGAAAUAACCAGUCCCAUCUCAGCAGGGGUUAACUUAAGUAGAAUUUACCUUUAUCCUGACUAUUGCAGCAAAGAUUUACUGACCUAGACAUAAAUGAAUGUCUAUCCUUACCUUACUCAACUCCAGGUUUUUAUCAGCAUCAUUAAUGUUUAUCCAUAGGACUACAGAAAGAAGGGAACCAACUAGAUUUUGGUCUUCAUAGUUAAUACACUCCUCCACCACCCAUCAGCCUCUUACUGUGAUACUCCUUGCUCCCACUAUAUUUUCCAUGAAGACAAAUCCGCCAGCACUUGUGCAAAUUAUGACUGAAUGUUCAACUUCUCAAUAGACUAAAGGUUGUUCUGUAUAAAUGCAAAAUAAAUGUUUUUAUUAACAACACCAGAA